AUGGAAGAGCCUUCUAAAGGAAAGGAAAAACAAGAGAAGGAAAGAGAAGAAGUUCGAUACCGAGGAGUUCGAAGGCGGCCGUGGGGGAAGUUCGCAGCGGAGAUCCGUGACCCAAGUACCCAAAGUGGACGGGUGUGGCUUGGUACAUUUGAUACGGCGGAGGUGGCUGCUCGGGCUUACGACCAAGCUGCAUUUAGGCUGAGGGGUCCUCUUGCAGUCUUAAAUUUCCCUAGUGAAUAUCUUCAUGCACCAAUAAUGUCAUCUUCAUCAGCAUCAUCUUCUUCUAGUGUUGGUGGUUCAUCGACUGGUCAAGAAAAACAAGUCCUGGAGCUCGAAUAUUUGGAUGACAGUGUGUUGGAGGAGCUUCUUGAGCCGGAAGAAGAGAAGAAGAAACGAAUGGAAGAUUGAAUUUCAACAUGCAUUUUCCCUCUCUCUUGAAUUUCAGCAUUCAUUUUCCCAGUUGAAGUCUCUCUCUCUCUCUGUCUAGGGUAUUUUUCUAGUUGUUGUGAGUUUCCAUAUUUGAUUGGUUGUUUGGGGUUUAACUGGGGAAGUUACCUUAUUGAUGUAAGGUUCAAUGUUCAAACAUUUAUG